AGUUGUUUGAGGGUUUAUAAUUUGGGGUUUAGGGUUAGCAUUUUCAAUUUUCGAAACCCUAGCUGCUCGACAUAAAUAGACGAGAAGCCCUAAUCAACUGGACUCAACGAUAGCAGCACAAGUAUGUAUGCAUUGACUCAAUUUUGCCUUUCGUGUUCCAUAUGAGUGAUCAUUCUGAUUACGAUUUGAAGGACCUAUGGGGAAUGCGAGAUAUCAAUUUGCUUUCUUCCAAGUUUGCCUUCGCAUAUAAAAAUGAAAUCUGUGGCCAUGUUUUUAAAUGUUUUGAUAUUUCUAAUUUUCUCAGCCUAUUGCUCGGUGGCCUUACAUGUUUCUGGGUUGCGAGUCUAUUCGGUUUUUGACAAAUAAUCGGCGAGGAUGAGGCUUUUGACACACAAUAUGCUAUCUUGUAACAUCAGAGGGGUGACCAAGGGCUACCCUUUGGAGUUGGAAGUCGAAAGAUAUGUGACAAAGGAGGUUCAAUUUAACCCUGAUUUCUUGAAGAACAUUUUCCCAAAGAUCGAGUGGAAGGCUUUACAUGAUGCAGCAAAGAAGAUGAAUGUAAAUGAUCUCCCGGAACAAGUAGAACCAACGAUGCUAGAUAAUGAUGAUUUUAUGCGGCGUUUUCAUCACGCUCUUCUUGAGUUGCAUUUAGAAGAGGGGGCCCUUAUUUGUCCAGAGACUGGAAGGAGAUUUCCAGUCAUCAAGGGUAUUCCAAACAUGUUGCUUAAUGAAGAUGAAGUGUAAAAUUUUGGGAUGAAUUGAUGUAAUUGCAGUUAAAUGCACCUUCGUGUUGUACAAAAUAUGCUAAACUAGUCCACUCUCGUGAAGUUACACAGUAAGAUUAUAAACUGGAUAUAACUCUGUUCUGGAAGCCGUGGGCUGGGUAGACUGCGAAGAUCUACUAUGACUUCUGUAAUCUCUCAUUAUUGUAGUUGCCUGCAAUGUGAAUAUUGUUCUAUUAUAUUAUCGAAAAUCUUAGAGUAUAUUUUGUUUGCA